GCGCGCCCAGCGGGUGCCCGCGCGCUGUCGCGCGGCUGAGCGCGCUCCGGGGCCCCGCGCGGCGGCCCGAGAGUGUCUCACCUUCAGGAGAUGGCCUCUUCUAAGUCUUUGAUGAACCUUCUGACCUUCACUUUCGGCUCAGCAAUAGGAUUUUUUGUCUGCUACCUUCUGUUCAGCAUUAUACUAGAAGAACAGGUUAAGAUCCAGCCUCAUGUUCUUCACAAUGAUCCACAUGGUCAGCACUCAGCAGAUACUGACAACAAUCAGCUGCAAGGACAAAUGAAUUUCAAUGCAGAUGCUGGACAGCAUAAAGAUGAGGAUAAAAAUAUUGCAGAAGGAUUGUAUCACAAAGUGAAAAUACUGUGUUGGGUCAUGACUGGACCUCAAAAUCUAGAAAAGAAAGCCAAGCAUGUUAAGGCCACUUGGGCCCAACGCUGUAAUAAAGUACUUUUUAUGAGCUCUGAGGAAAAUAAAGACUUCCCAGCUGUGGGCCUAGAAACCAAAGAAGGCAGGGAUCAACUGUACUGGAAGACUAUUAAAGCUUUUCAAUAUGUAUAUGACCAUUAUUUUGAUGAUGCUGAUUGGUUUAUGAAAGCAGAUGAUGAUACAUAUGUUAUAUUGGACAAUUUGAGAUGGCUUCUUUCAAGAUACAGUCCCGACCAGCCAAUAUACUUUGGGAGAAGGUUUAAGCCUUAUGUGAAACAGGGCUACAUGAGUGGAGGAGCAGGAUAUGUUCUGAGCAAAGAAGCUCUGAAGAGAUUUGUUGCUGCAUUUAAAACGAACAAAUGCACUCACAGUUCCUCUAUUGAAGAUCUGGCACUAGGAAAAUGCAUGGAGAUCAUCAAUGUGGAAGCAGGAGAUUCUAGGGAUACGAGUGGCAGAGAAACCUUUCAUCCGUUCGUUCCAGAACAUCACUUAAUCAGAGGAUACCUACCAAAAACAUUCUGGUACUGGAACUACAAUUACUAUCCUGCUGUAGAGGGUCCUGGAUGCUGCUCUGAUCUAGCAGUUUCAUUCCACUAUGUUGACUCUGUGACUAUGUAUCAUUUGGAAUAUUUGAUUUAUCAUCUUCGUCCAUAUGGGUAUUUGUAUAGGUACAAUCCUGAUUCAUCAAAGAAUCCAGAAGAGCAGAGCAAAAAUGAAGCACUUGAGAAUGAUCAAAAGCUAAAGCAAAAAUCUUCUGAGAGCUAAUUGGAGUUUGAAAAAACCAAAAAGAAGGCAGUACCAUGAGUAAGAGUCUCCUCAAACUGUGCAUGAAGCUUGCGGACUGAAAUGACUCCUGGCGAUUCUUAUUUCAAAAAUCAAGUUGGCAGCACUUCCAGUCACCCUGUGUACAGUAGAGUCUGGUGCUGGCUCUGACUGCUUGGGAUGGUGUGACCUUGCAGCUCUGCCCACAAAGAUUUGGGGCCCUAAAGCUGUGAAUUUGGAGGUUGCUCUGCUACACUAACAUUUGGGAGAAUUUGUAUGAAAAUCAUAGUGGACAGGUUCAGAGAUGAUCGUACCCCAUUUCUGUUCUCCUCUAUUUCCUUUCCAUUAAGUCAGUUCUAAUAUUAGAAAUUGGAUGCUGCCCAAUCCUACACAUCAUGAUGACUAUUUGAAAUAUUCUCAACCUCUUGAAGUUACUUUCUGUACCUUGCCCUGAAAGUAAGGCAGAGACAUGGAAUUAGAUUCUCCAGUCUGCUUUGCCUUAACAACAGAGUGGCAGAAUUUCACCCACAAGAUUAAUCUGAAUUGUUUGAGAAACAGAAUUCACUGCUAUGAAUUACUUAUAAAGUUUUAAAUUCUGUUGUGGAAAACAAUAUCAAGUUUUCGGGGAGGAAUACUCUUGUGGAGAGAAACCAGAAGCAGCUACUGUAGUUUAAAUUGCUGAGGUGAUGCAAGCUGCUUACAUAUUUGCCUGUGGCUCUUUUUUUUUUUUUUUCCAGUUUUAUUUACUUAUCCUUUUGGUUGAAUGGAUAUAAAAAUUCGUCUUAGCAUUUCUCAGCCUAAGGUAGAUGCUUUUGAAAAUAAAAGUCUGUUUUCUAUUCUUUCAUCCCACCUGCCACAUAAACUAGGAAGAAUAGGAUCUUAGUGAAGUUGCAUUGUAACAACUUGGUUUCAGCCACUAUUAUAAUUAGUUUGUUUCCAUUUUAAUUUUCACUAGAGGUUAAAAUCCUCAGAUCGAGAAAUGUCCUAUUUUAAAACUGCACCAAAGCCAGUUUAUUUGGUUGAAGUACUUAAUUUCAGUUUUCUGAACAUUUUUUUCUUCCACUUUAAAAUUUUUUUCUGUAUCUGCUUCUUGUUACCUUUUUCAGCACAAAGUGUUAAAUGAUCCUUUUUUUUACUGUUUUUGGAGCUGAAGUGCAUAGUUAUUCAUGUAAGCAGGCCUGAAUGCAGGAAUCUUUCAAAGUGCAUUAACUUUUCCCACUACUUCAUAAGUAUCUCU